AUGCUCAGCAAUAACUAUUUUAGGCCAAAUCACCAGAAAGGGUUUCUACCCGGGAUUUCUGGAUGUCUAGAACACAACACCUUGCUGUCGGAGAGUUUGAAAGAUGCUAGAAAGGGCGAGCGGCAAAUCACUGUUUGUUGGAUAGACUUGGAGAACGCGUUCGGGUCGAUACAACACGAAUUGAUGCUAUUCGCGCUUAGAUGGUACAACUUUCCACCCCUAGUUAGAGAUAUGAUCGCGUCGUAUUACUCAAAAUUAAGGUUUUCUAUAAUAACUAAAGAAGGCCCUUCAAAAAGUUUGAGUUAUAAUGUAGGACUGUUUCAAGGUUGUUGUCUAUCUCCAAUUGCGUUUAAUAUCGUUAUUAACAUCUUAGUAGACAAAUUAAUCUGUAACGAGAGAAAAUGGGGUUAUCGGUUUAAGUUUAAUAAUAAAUACACGGAAUCCAUUUUAGCCUUCGCUGACGAUCUCGCAAUACUGACACGUAACCCCAAACACUGUCAGGUAUUAUUGGAUGAAGUGGAUAAAUUCUGUGAGUGGACGGAUGGAUUGAGGACAAAACCCAGUAAAUGUCACUGUCUGUGUCUUGGUAGGCGGAAUACAAGAUACACCUCAUACGACCCGGGACUAUCGUUAGGCGGUCAAUGCAUUUCUACGGUUACGGAAAAUGCACCAUUUAAAUUUCUCGGUCGUAAGAUUGAUAAUAUAGGCCGUACUCCAUCUUUAGAAGGAAUAGUAGAUAGCUUUUUGAACGAUCUUAACAAGGUAGAUAGCCAACUGAUCAGUAACGUCAAAAAAGCAUGGAUCUACGAGAAUUACUUAACUUCACGUUUGAAUUGGCCUUUCCUCGUCUAUGAUUUUAAUAAAACCCUUUUGUCAAAGUUAGAUGCAGGCGUCAUAAAGAUGUCCAAGUUGUGGCUCGGGCUCGCGCUAACGGCUGAUUCAUCGGCGUUAUUCAGGGGAAGCAAUAGUUUUGGGAUGAGUCUAAAAAGGCCAUCGGAGCUCUAUAAACACCUAAGAGUUUCCAAGAGAUAUAUGUUGGGGAAAUCCCAUGAUGACGUAGUGACAUCGCUCCCAAAAGAUGAAGAUGCCCCCGAGCUAGAGUCACGACUUCAAUUCCAUAAGCAAUUUAUGAUAGGAGCACAAAGUAACAGAGUGGGGUUAGGAUCAAAUAGGAAAGUCCAAGAUGCGGAUAUAUUGAAGUCUUUUAUUCGGCAAGACGAGAAUGAUAAAUAUAAGAUCCAUGCAAUGAAUUUAGAAAUGCAGAACGAGUGGUUAGACAUAGGAGAUUUUGGCAUUCCAUUAGCAUUAAAAUGGCGCACUUUAAUUUACGAUUGGUCGCCAGCAUUGCUAAAAUUCUAUCUCAAUGCGUUCCAGAUGACUCUCCCAGAUCAGAGUAAUUUAGUAAGAUGGGGUAAAAGUACCGAAAAAACUUGCUAUAUCUGUGGAAAGGCAGUUGGAACUGCUAAACAUCUGCUGGUGGGAUGUAGGGUACUCCUGGACAGCGGUCAAUACUCGCGUCGUCACGAUAGGGUUUUAGAAGUCAUACGUGAAGCGCGCGUAGUGAUGAUAGAGCUUACGGUCCCUUGGGAAACCAACAUCCCCAAAGACCAUACCAUCAAGGUCAACAAAUAUUACGAGCUCACAAACGAACUCACUCGAAAUAGGUUCGUAGUAGAUUUGUACGCGGUGGAGGUGGGAGCGAGAGGUAUAACAGCGAAAUCUCUCAAUAACCUACUAAAGGACUUGGGCUUGUCCAGAACUCACAUUAAUGCAUUCUUGGAACGUACAUCGAAGGCAGCCCUAGUAGGUUCUUUUCAAAUUUGGUUAGGUAGGGAGAGGAGCUUGGACAGUGGAGAUGAGCGUAUAACGCGCGUUAGUUAA